AUGUCUGCUUUGGAGAGACUCAUCUUGCAGACACUAGACAAGGAUGGAGAAAUCGGUGAUUCGAAAGAUUUCGCGAGCACAUCAGGCUAUGAUCACAAGGAAGUCGUUGGAAGCAUCAAGAGCCUCCAAUCUUACGAGAUGAUAAUAUCAAAGGCAAGAGAAAUCCCCCACUCUAGAAAUGUGCUGACGGAGGAGGCACAGGGCUAUAGGGAUCACGGAUCUCCCGAGGCAAAAUUGUUUGCAGCACUUCCGCCUGAAGGGAUUUUAAUGAAGGAUCUGACGGCCAACUUCGGAGACAAAGCCUUCGCGCCAGCAAGGAAGUAUGGAUGGGUAGGCAUGCAAAAGGUGGAAGAUGGACAACAAGUGGUUGUGCGCGAGACAGAGGCAAUUGAGGACACCACACAGAACCUUCUGAAACAGAUCUCAGAGGGUCAGGCGGUGAACCGGAAAGACUUGGAGGCCCUGGGAAAGAGGAAGCUAGUGAAGGCAGAAACAUGGAAGACGUAUGCCUUGAAGAAGGGUGUAAAGUUUGCUUUGGAAAAAAAGAAGCCAGCCACAGAGCUAACACAUGAGAUGCUCCAAAAGGGCUCCUGGAAGGAUGCCGACUUCAAGCCAUAUAACUUCAAUGCUCUUGGGCAGCCCACCAACGGAGGCCACUUGCAUCCACUGCUGAAGGUGCGGACCCAGAUCAGAAAGGCCUUCACCAGCAUGGGCUUCGAGGAAAUGCCCACCAAUAAUUAUGUUGAGAGCAGCUUCUGGAAUUUUGAUGCGCUAUUCCAGCCACAGCAGCACCCAGCUCGAGAUGCCCAUGACACCUUCUUCCUCACAAAUCCAGCAGCCACGCCGCUUUCAAAGCAGCCACAGGACUAUGUGCAGCGCGUCAGGGAGACCCACGAGAAUGGCGGCUUUGGCUCCAUUGGGUACGGGUCGCACUGGAAGGAGUCAGAGGCGGAGAAGAACCUGCUGCGCACGCACACGACGGCAGUGUCUAGCCGCAUGCUGUACAAGCUGGCGCAGGAGGGCUUCAAGCCCGCCAAGUACUUCUCCAUUGACCGCGUGUUCCGCAAUGAGGCCAUCGACCGCACCCACCUCGCUGAAUUCCACCAGAUCGAAGGCGUGGUGUGCGACAAGGGGUUGACGCUGGGGGACCUGAUAGGCACGCUGCACCUGUUCUUCAGCCGCCUGGGCCUGCCCAAGUUGCGCUUCAAGCCCGCCUUCAACCCCUACACGGAGCCCUCCAUGGAGAUCUUCUCCUACAGCGAGCAGCUGGGCAAGUGGGUGGAGGUGGGCAACUCCGGCAUGUUCCGCCCAGAGAUGCUGCGCCCCAUGGGCCUCCCAGAAGACGUCAAUGUCAUCGCCUGGGGCCUCGGCCUGGAGAGGCCCACCAUGAUCCUGUACGGCAUUGACAACAUCAGGGACCUGUUCGGCCACAAGGUCAGCUUGUCAGUGGUGAAGAAGAACCCCAUCUGUCGGCUGAAUCUGUAG